CUCCACCGCUGUCAAUGCAGCUGCGCGCAGCACUCAGUGCGCAUGCGCGUUAUCCUUAGCUUUCUUAAUAUUUAAUAUCAAUGGCUGACGCUGAUUUCUAAAGCGUCUCCUAAAAUUCCGAAGAAAGCUGUGACACGUUUUCUAAACAUCGAGGUGAACGUCAAUCGCUCCUGUUUUAUUCGAUGAGCUUUUAUCAUAGUCGGCCAGAAUUCAUCCGUAACACCAAAAUGGGACAAAAAUGUCACAUUUAACCCUUUCCGCUCCAGCGUCGACAUUAAUGCGAGCAGAAGAUGAUGCGUCAGGUGUCCAGCAGUGAUUACUGCGUCGACAGCAGGCCGUCGUGUUUAGCCGAGGACGGGAGACUCUCGCCGAGUCACUUUGAUCUGUGCCCCACCAAGUUCUAUCCGUCUGCUCCUCCUCAGCGCUCGCGACAGAUGUGCUUCACUUACCUGCCGUCUCCAGCCGCCGCCGUCCUCAAACCCACACCGUGCCAGAGACAGGACCGCCGCGAGGAGCCGCCGAUGUCCCUGGGGCCCGCAGCCACUCAGGCUAAUGAGAAGAGUAGGGGCUCCAAAAAAAAGGGUGCGUCCGGGAAGUCUGGGAAACGCGGGCGUCCACCGGGCACCACCAAAUCAGCCGGAUACAGAACCAGCACAGGCAGACCCCCGGGCACCACCAGGGCCGCCGGCUUCAAGACCAGUCCUGGACGGCCGCUGGGCACCACCAGAGCUGCAGGGUAUAAAGUGAGUCCCGGUCGCCCGCCGGGGAGCAUAAAGAGCCAGUCACGCCCGAGCAAACUGAGCUACAGCGCCUGCAGCGGAGCCGCGUUUCCCUACAGCAUCAUACACAAACCUGGAGCCGGUGACGCCGCGCUGAAGGAGGAGACCACCACAGAAACACAAAAAAUGCUGUUACAAGCCCCGCAGUUCCUCCUCAGCACGUUCCCCAUACGAAACCAAAAAACCCCUCCGCAGGUCAGCACCACGCCAUCGGAGCCCUUUCCCCCCGCGGCUGUGUGUCCAGACGGCGGUCAGUCAAGAAACACUCUGCCGGUACCCAUCCACAGCGCUCUGCCAACAUACUCCUGAACACGUCUGAGACACGUGAUCUCUGUCACACACGACCUCUGUCUCACACACACACACACACACACACACACAUGACCUCUGUCUCACACACACACACACACACA